GUAAUUCGUAAGAACCAGUCGCAAUUACAGUUUUCUAGAUAUUAGAAUAUAUCGUGUACUUGUGAAGCUAUUCUGAUGCAGUUGCCUAAACUUUUGGCUCUGACUACAGAACCUGAGUGCCUUCUCUACGCUUCCUGGCGACUCGCCCUCGGUAGCGUCGCGUCGCGCUUUUGCCCAGUCGUAGUUGCGUCACAAAAGCUAAUGCGAAAAGCCAACCCCACUGUCGUCGACGCCUCGCCGAGGUGCGAAGGACCUCACAAUGCCUGCGAAACGUCGCGCGCCGUCAGGUGGUGAGCCUUCUGCUCCCCCCAAACCCCGCCAGUCGAAGCUGGCCAAGGAACACAACAUCAGCGGACAUGAAGAAAACGAAAUAAAGGAGGCCUUUUCUCUAUUCUCGAUUCCGCAGAAAGGCGAAAAGGAGGGUGUGAUACCAACGCAGGAUGUCAAGAAGGCCAUGAUUGCGCUCGGUGUCCAGCCGUCGAAGCCGGAGUUGGCGGAGUUUCUUGAGAUUUUAGACCCAGACUCGGAGGGAUAUGCGCCGUAUAGCUCGUUUGUGGCUAUCUGUGCACUGAAGAUGAGGGCAAAAGACAAUGAUACCAGUGCAAAGGAUGAGGAGGUGGAGCAGGGAUAUCUUCUCUUUACGAAUGGAACGGACGGACCCAUCACAAUGGCACAUUUGAAGCGGACUGCGGCGAUGCUGAAGGAAGAUGUCAGUGAAGAUCUCUUGAAGGACAUGAUCCUGGAAGCAAACGGAGGAUCAGGUCUCACGAAGGGAGUGGGGAGGGAAGAAUUUGCAGAGGUAAUGAAGAGGGCUGGUGUUUGGCGAUGAGACUCUUUCUGAUCAGACACUUUGUGUGCUUUUUGGAGUUAUGGCGUGGGGGAGGGUAGGGGGGUGUCAAUAAUGAUGAUGAUAUAUUACAUCUGGGAGACUUCAGGGACGAUGAGUGUCACAUGUGCCCAAUAAAAUGGU